AUGAGCAGCAACAAGGCCAGCAGCAGGGCCAGCAGCAGCAAAGCCAGCAGCAGGAAGAGCAGCAGCAAGGCAAUCGAUGAGGGUGCUGAUGUUCACAAGAGUGCAGAGGCCAGCAGCAAGGCCAGCAGCAGGAUGAGCAACAGCAAGGCCAGCAGCGGGAGGAGCAGCAGCAAAGCCAGUAGCAGGAAGAGCAGCAGCAAGGUCAUUAAUGAGGGUGCUGAUGCGCAAAAGAGUGCAGAGGGCAGCAGAAAGACCAGCAGCAAGAUGAACGGCAAGGAAAUUGCCAGUGAUGCUAAUGCGCGGAAGAGCCGAAAGACGAGCAAGACCAGCAACAAAGCGGAAACUCCACGGUCAGUGUGUGUGUCAAGCAUAUCCAAUCACGAUGCCGCCUCUGACAGCGUGUCUGGCAAGGUCAAGAACCUGAUGGACCACUUCAGGAACGACGAACAUGCGGUAAAGAGAGGAAAUUCUGAGGCAGCAGAAACAUCGCUGCCUCUCAUCAACCGACCGCGUUCCAAGGAGGCUGCUGCCACACUUAACAGUGGUCCGCCUGUUGUUACCACUCGAGAGGAGCUCUCCGCCCUUCUUGCGACGAAUGACGAGCUGCGAAGGAAGUUGUUCGAGAGCAGCCGCGCGGAGAGGUACCCGAACGUGCCAAAGAGGGGUUUGCACACCAACAGAAGUGCGAGUGGGCACCGUCAGCAGAAGAAGACAGUUGCGUCAAUUCAGCAGUCCAUGCGGCGUGAGUGGAUGCGACAGGAUCUACGCGGGGAGCAUGCGUAUUUGAUUGCCCAACGCAAUGAACUUCGACACAAGGUGGCCAACCAAAGGCGGUUGCACGCGUACUUUGCUCUUAUUGAAGAGUGCAGAGGUGAUAUUGUCAAACUGACGGACGAAAGACGCAUGCUAUCACUUGAAAUACGCCAGAAUGAGAAGAUACUGACCACUAAGGGCACAGAUCAAGAGUUGGAUGUGGCAUACCGGCGGCUGGCGGAUGCGAUAAAAGCGGACUCCGUGCUGGCGCAGCGGUCCCUGCAAAAGGCACAGAACGACGCGGCUGCGGCAGAAAAGAUGCAUCAGGAUGUACAACAACGUAUUGAAAAACUUGAGGAGAGAUUGGCAGAGUCCGAAAAUGGUGCAGCACCCGCGACAAACGACCUCGAGUUGCGCCACCUUCAGGAGACCUACCUGCGAAAGGCGCAGAAUAUCCAGCGACUAAAGAAGCAGCUCCGAGCCAUGAAGUCGCAGUUGCCGAAGAUAUCACAUCCGAAUGAAGAAAAGGGUAAUCCCAGGAGCGAGAAGAAUGAGCGGGAGUACUUGACCAACCGCAUACGCCAUCUACGUGCGGAGUUGGACACAUUCACAUCCAAACCGGUCAGAUCGAGGUCGGCGAGGCGGCGCUCACAGAUGCGUAACAAAGCGUCCGUUGACACCCCUUUAUCCAAUAAAAACAGCAUAGCGACAAGAGCUCCAUCGGCGAGGGCAUCAUCAACAAAAGGGCGAUCUCGUUCCAGAGAUGCCAACAAAUCGUCUAACGCGUCGACGCCCGCGGUGCGUCACGAUGCGAACCCACCUCCUAAAGCCGCUGUUGGCUUACAGCGCGACUCCAUUGACAGUGUGAUGGAGGACCUCAAGCGCCGCGUGGAGCAGAGGCGGUUCAGCGGCCACACGCCACUGGAAUGCCAGCGUGACCCCUCCGAAACAUCGGCACACACCGCCCCGAAGAGACCAUCGCGUCGCAGCUCUUCGGGCGCGGGUGUGCCCACCACCGACAGUGGCGAUCAGGUAAGGUUCCUUGAGGACACUGACUUCGCGAUUACCGAGUCGGCGAGCGUCGCGCCGUUGAGUGUGGCACCGAAGCAGGAGGAGACGCUCAACGAAAAGGAGAAUGUUGCCGCCCCUCCGUGGUUCGACGACGACGACGACGAUGGCGAAAAAAAGAAUGCGGUCCUUGUACCAGCGCCAGAGCCAGAGUCCCAGCACGCAGAGAAUGAUGCGACCGCGCUGCCCCCGAGUGGGGGGUAUGAUAACGACGACGACGAUGACGACGACGUUACGGAUGAAGCGGCUUCGGCUCCCGGUGACGACAUAGAGGUGGCGGCACCCCACGCGGAGGCGAGUGAUGCCGCUGCUGACGCACCAGGGGUGGACACCGCGGAACAGAGCGACACCGAAACAGAUGAAGACGUUGUUGCGGAACCGGAGCCGGAAACCAAACCAGAGUGGGAAACCGAAGUUGAUGCGGCGGUCGACGCGAGAUCGGAACCUGAGGAAAAGUCAGAGAGCGAGGUAGAAGAGGAUGCACAGGAAGAGACCAAAGAGGAUGAGGCGACCGAGACGGAAGGGGGUGCGGCAGAAGAAGCAGGAAAUUUUUUUGCACAGGAUGAUAUUACGAAGGAAUUGGACGCACCUGCAGAAGCGGACGCGGCUCCACCAGCACCAGCGGGUGAACCCUCUUGGCUUGAUUUUGAUUAG